CCCAUUUGAGUUAAGAAAAGUCCCGAAAUUUCAGCGUUAUUUAGGAUUCAGCAACAGAUAAAAUCUGGAAAUUUUGUUUUUCUCUCUAUCUAGGCUUUGCGUAUUCAACUUUUGAGAAUCUAAAUUCACCGAACAUAAGGAUAAGAACGAGGACGAUAAGAGAAUCUAAAUUCACCGAACAUAAGGAUAAGAACGAGGACGAUAAGAGAAUCUAAAUUCACCGAACAUAAGGAUAAGAACGAGGACGAUAAGAGAAAAUGGUCGCCUUUGGAAAAAAGCUCAAGGAACGUAGCAUUGAAGAAUGGCAAGAAUAUUACAUCAAUUACAAAUUGAUGAAGAAGAAAGUGAAGCAAUAUGGUCGACAAAUCGAAGUAGGAAGUCUAGAUCGUCGUCAUCUUCUUAAAGAUUUCUCAAGGAUGUUAGAUCAUCAGAUCGAGAAAAUAACUCUUUUUAUGUUGGAGCAACAAGGUUUGCUUUCAAGUAGGUUACAGAAACUAAGAGAAUGUCAUGAUGCACUUCAAGAUGAGCCUGACAUAUCUCAGAUACAUAAUCUAAGAGAGGCUUAUAGAUCUGUGGGACAAGAUCUUCUCAAGCUUCUGUUUUUCAUCGAUAUGAAUGCUAUUGGUAUCCGUAAGAUACUGAAGAAAUUCGAUAAAAGAUUCGGUUAUAGAUUCACAAACUAUUAUGUCAAGACUCGCGCUGAUCAUCCUUACUCUCAACUCCAGCAAGUGUUUAGACAUGUGGGUCUUGGAGCUGUUGUUGGAGCCAUAUCGCGUAAUCUUCACGAGCUUCAAAACAAUCAAGGAAGCUACUUAUCGAUUUACGAUCAGCCUGUUCUUCCUCUUCAGGAUCCUGUGGUGGAUUCAAUUAAGAAUGCAGUGGACAGACUAACACAUUCGACAAACUUCCUUAACUUCAUGGCUCAACAUGCUCUAAUCAUGCAAGACGAAGACCUACUAAUCCCUCAAGACGAGGAAGCGGAUCAAGAAGAAGGGAAAUAUCACUUCAUGUCUCUCUUGUUAAACUUGGCCAACACAUUUCUCUAUAUGGUCAAUACAUACAUCAUUGUUCCUACAGCAGAUGAUUACUCCAUGAGCCUUGGAGCAGCAGCAACGGUUUGUGGUGUUGUGAUCGGUGCAAUGGCUGUAGCUCAGCUCUUCUCUUCGGUUUACUUCAGCGCCUGGUCCAAUAAAUCUUACUUCAAACCGCUUAUAUUCAGUAGCAUUGUUCUUUUCUUUGGGAACCUGUUAUAUGCUUUAGCUUAUGACUCCAAUUCAUUAGCACUUCUCUUGAUUGGCCGGCUUUUCUGCGGGUUUUGUUAGCGCAAGUGCUUUAGGAAUGGCGUGUGGUCCUGCUCUUGGCGGUUUAUUGCAAACCAAUUUCAAGAUCUACAAUCUUACCAUUAACC